AUGGACAUGAUCGAGUCUGAAUUCGAUCUACGAUCAGCCCUAUCCUCCAAAGUAUGGUUUGCUUUCGACCUUGAUGACACUUUGCAUGAAUUUCGCAAAGCAUCAGGCCAAGCUUCACUUAGCGUAUUCCAAGCCAUCAGUGCCAAAUAUGGAGAAGAUCUUGAUGAAUUGAGAUCUACAUAUCAAGACAUUCUGAAAGUAUCAACCGCCCAUGCCUUCACCGAUGGAAGAACAUCGACUGAAUAUCGCCGAGAACGGUUUACCCUGCUCCUUCAGGCCCAUGGAAUCGAUGAAAGCGAGGACAUCCACUAUCUGCUUGAAAUUUAUCAGACCUCACUACGAUCCCACUUGACUCUGAAAGCGGGCGCAUUGCAGCUACUUCAGACUUUACGGCAACUGCAUAAGAAAGUGAUGAUUAUCACCGAGGGUCCAGCUGAUGCACAGGAAUGGACUGUUCGAGAAUUGAGUCUUUGGCCAUAUGUCGAUGUUCUUGUGACAACGAACGAAGCUGGGAAAUCAAAAGUUGAUGGGCUUUUUGGGGCGGUCUUGAACAAGUAUAGCAUUUGCCCCGAGGACAUGGCUUGCUUUGGUGAUAACGAGGUCCGCGAUGUGCAGGCAGCGCAAAAAGAGGGUAUUCUGGCUAUAUUAUACGAUCAGAAACAGAAGAGUCAACUAACCAGUCCUGGUAAUUUGAAAAUAGUUUCUUGGCACACCUUGCGGAGUAUACUCCAGGAUGCGAAAUAA